AUGACGAGGCUCAAAAAACUCUCCACCAAAGGGGCCAAGCAAAACAGCCAACGAAACAGGCCUGCACCCGGAAUGCUAACCAUCAAGGGUGGAUUCUGGGAAAGUGGCAACCUGGCUCAACCAGCCAUUCGUGCUGUGGGCCCAGUCCAAGAACCACACACCACACACAACCAGUCCCGCAAAUGGCACAGAAAUGGCAUCAAGAAACCCCGGUCACAAAGAUACGAAUCUCUCAAGGGGGUCGACCCCAAGUUUCUGAGGAACAUGAGCUUUGCCAAGAAGCACAACAAGAAAGGCCUGAAGAAGAUGCAGGCCAACAAGGCCAAGGCAGUGAGUGCACGCGCAGAGGCCAUCAAGGCCCUCGUGAAGCCUCAGGCUGUCAAGCCCAAGAUGCCAAAGGGCUCCAGCCACAAACUCAGCCGUCUGGCUUUCAUCGCUCACCCCAAACUUGGGAAGAAGAUUCGAAGCUACAUGGCCAAGGGUCGUAGAUUCUGCCAACCAAAGCCCAAGGUUCAAACCAAGGCAGAGGCCAAAGCUCCAGCCCAGGCUCCUAAGGGUGCCCAGGCCCCUGUGAAGGCCCCAUAGAAAAGGCUCCUGCCAGUGUGAAGACAGACGGACGGCAGUGACACACCCACCUACACACUAUCUGCAGAUGACCAGUGUUCUAUGCUGUUUUUACAAAUAAACUUGAAACAAGGAAAAAAACAAAAACAAAA